GAGAGAGGCUGCAUUCACACUUCGGUAACUUGUUUUUCACAGUCUAUCCAAAUCCCUCUCCUCAUCUGCCAUCAUGACUCGUUAUUUCUGCUGCGGAAACUACUUCCCAGGGUAUCCUUGCCAUGGAACCAACUUCCACGGGACCUACAGAGCCACUCCCCUCAACUGUGUCGUGCCUCUGGGUUCUCCCCUGAACCACGGCUGUGGCACCAUCUACAGUUCCCGCAACUACUGUUAUGGUGGCGUUAGUAACUUCAACAAUCCCGGCUGUUGCUAUGGCAGCAGCUUCUACAGGCCAUGGGGCUCCGGCUCUGGCUUUGGCUACAGCACCUAUUGAUGGACCAAUGGCUCUGAUGACUACAGGACCCUCAACCAGUUACCUUCGCUAGGAACAACCUGAGAAACAAUGCGUGCCAUCCAGCCUCCCCUGUGCUUGGAAG